GGCCGGGGGCGGGCCUCCGCCUGCUGCGCCCGAGCCCGGAGAGCCCGGGCACCGCGGCCGCCGACGCAAGCCACCGUCCCGGUUCCUCAGCCUUGAGGCGCGCGCGGGCUCUCGGGUGACCCCAGAGGGGGUCGCGGGAGGCAGCGCGAGGCGGCGCAGGGCGGGCCGCACGCGUCCCCGGCCGCCCCCCGCGCGCGCGUGGCCGGGCCCAGAGAAGCCCCGGCGCGGGGAGCGCCGGCCCGGCGCGGGCGAGGGCGAUGCCGCGGUGACGGCCCCGCCAUGGCGAAGCCCCCGGCGGUGGCGGCGGCGGCUGCAGCGGCGGCGUCGGAGGAGCUGAGCCAGGUGCCGGACGAGGAACUGCUGCGCUGGAGCAAGGAGGAGCUGGCGCGGCGACUGCGGCGCGCGGAGGGCGAGAAGGUGGGCCUCAUGCUGGAGCACGGCGGCCUGAUGCGCGACGUGAACCGGCGGCUGCAGCAGCACCUGCUGGAGAUCCGCGGCCUCAAGGACGUGAACCAGCGGCUGCAGGACGACAAUCAGGAGCUGCGUGAGCUCUGCUGUUUCCUGGACGACGACCGGCAGAAAGGGCGCAAGCUAGCGCGCGAGUGGCAGCGCUUCGGACGCCACGCGGCCGGCGCCGUGUGGCACGAGGUGGCCCGCUCGCAGCAGAAGCUGCGGGAGCUCGAGGCGCGCCAGGAGGCCCUGCUGCGCGAGAACCUGGAGCUGAAAGAGCUGGUGCUGCUGCUGGACGAGGAGCGCGCGGCGCUGGCGGCGGCGGGGGGCGCUGGCGGCAGCGGCGGCGGCGGCGCGGGCUCCCGCAGCUCCAUCGACAGCCAGGCCAGCCUGAGCGGGCCCCUGGCGGGCAGCGCCGCGGGCUCGGGGGCCCGCGACGUUGGCGACGGCAGCAGCACGUCCAGUGCGGGCAGCGGCGGCAGCCCGGACCACCACCACCACGUCCCCACGGCUCUGCUGCCCCCGGGGCCGCACAAGGGUCCCGACGGCAAGGCCGGAGCCACGCGCCGGUCCCUGGAUGACCUGUCAGCGCCGCCGCACCACCGAAGCAUCCCCAACGGCCUGCACGAUCCCUCAUCCACCUACAUCAGGCCAUUGGAGACCAAAGUGAAGCUAUUGGAUGGUGACAAGCUCCCCCCACAGCUGCCCCGCCCCUACGGCCGCCAGAGAAGCCGGCUCCAGCAGGCAGGCUCCGGAGAGUUCCGCACACUUCGGAAAGGCUUCUCCCCAUACCAUUCGGAAUCCCAACUCGCGUCCCUGCCUCCUUCCUACCAGGAAGUCCUACAGAACGGCCCAGCCUGCCCCGUACCCGAGCUGCCCUCACCCCCAUCCACCGUCUACAGCUCAGCAGGACAGAAACCGGAGGCUGUCGUGCACGCCAUGAAGGUUCUGGAAGUACAUGAGAAUCUUGACCGGCAGCUUCAAGACAGCUGUGAGGAGGACCUGAGCGAGAAGGAGAAGGCGAUCGUACGAGAGAUGUGCAACGUGGUCUGGAGGAAACUGGGGGACGCUGCCAGCACCAAGCCCUCCAUCCGGCAGCACCUAUCUGGUAAUCAGUUCAAGGGGCCAUUGUAGGGCCAUUCUCCGUGACGUGGACUGGCCCUGCCUGGAGUCUGAGGCCUUAGCCCUGGCAGAAACUCUGGCCUAGCCACCGUCUUUCUCCGUGGUGAAUUGUACAUAGGACACGGCCCGCCCUGGCUGCCCUGGUGUGACACUGACAGUCAGGCCUCCACCUCCUGCCUCCCUCACCAGCAAACCUUGGGAAGACGAGAAGCCACCGCCUGCUCGCUGCAGCCAAGUGGCCAGGCAGCCUGGCUCCCUGUUUGAGCUCUAUGUUCCAUUAGCAAGAAGCUUCUGAGACUGCAAGCCAAGGAAUUGUCUGGGGAGGUGGCCUGCUCGUGGUAGAAGCCCCUCAACAAGUAUUCUAACUUGCUGUCCCUUACACUGGACAGAAGCCACCCAGAGCCCGAAUUGCGACACAGGUGGCACUUUUCCUGCUACUCUGCCAGAGCCAGGACCCUGGGUCACGGAGCACUGGGUCCCAUGUGUCCCACGGCUGGCUGGGAGCUCAGGGUUCCCUGUCACCUGGCCACCCCGAAGCCAGCUGCUGCUCAUUAGCAUUCACUCCUUCAGUAAUGUCUCCUCGCCAUGCCAGGCUUAGCCACUUCUUAGGUCCUUCCUGUCAGGUGUCCUUUUCUGGUUUACAACAUAGGAAAGUCCUGGAGAAUGUCUGGGCUGAGCUCAGCAUUCUCAAUGGGCAGGUAGAACUGGGCCACUGCCCUGGUCACUGUCAAUGUGACCCCCCCUCCCCGUGUGUGUGUGUGUGUGUGUGUGUGUGUGUGUGUGUGUGUGUAUGUGUGUGUGUGUGUGUGUGUGUGCGCGCGUGCGUGCACGUGUGCUCUUGGUCACUACGGAUGGAGCUACAGGAGCCGCCCCGAUGAGUUUUCCCUGGGAAGGAAGGGGCAUGACCUGGUUCUGGCUUUAACCUGCUGUGUGGCCUUCAGCAAGCCACUCAGCUUUUCUAGGCCCCCAGCUGUUCCUUUUGGCUUUGCUCACUCUAGAAGCCACCCCAGUUUGGUGGGCCUCUGUCCUCACAACAGUAUGAGCUCAUGUGGUAACCUACUGGGAACACGCUAGGCCAGCCUGUUUGUCACACUGUCUCCUCACAGGUCACAUCUGAGCCUUAGCCCCUCCCUCCAAGGGACCUGGGGGUCAGAUGCGUGCUUCAGAGCACGUGUUCACGCCUCAGCUGGUGGGCAGCACAUGACUGACAGGGGUGUGAGAACGAGGACUCGGGUACUUUUGUGGACCAUGUAGAUGCUAUCUGUAGGAAGCCCUGGCCACAAUGCUGGCUUCACCCGUACUGUGGAUUUACAUCCACACCCAUCAGCUGUCCUCACGCAAUGGUACUUAGAGCCCCAUGCAGCAAGCCCAAAGAGCUUGUCCUUGCCUCAGGUCCCUCCCGAACCCUGUGAGCAGAGGGGACAGGCCAAGAAAGUGGGUGGCAUCCUUGCUCCCCAACCAGCCCAGGUCCCGUAACCUUGGGUUGUUCCCAGCACCUUUGCUGCCCACACCCUUGGGUCCCACACUCUCAGGGGAAAGGCCUAUGGCCCUCGGGGUUCCCAGGGAGUGUUGUUCAGGGGCUGCAGGGGAGCGGCCUACUGCUCUGACUGUUGGUGGCACCGGGAAGCGCUUUCUAGGAGCUGCUGUAUGGUCAAGUGAUAAAACUUGCAACUCUACCUGCUGGCCCCAGUACUGGGUAUUUCUAAGUGGGCUGCUAGGCAGGCAACACCCUUCUUGGUUCUUUGAAGCCAAGGAACCCCAGAAUAAUGUUGAGGUAUGCAGGCCCGCACAAGGUGGGAGCCAAGUUAGAGAGUCCCAGUCAAAUUUGUAUCAGGAUAGUUUAGCCACCUCUGAAAUAAGCAAUAAGUAAGAGCUCCUGGAAUCUGAAGAUGGGCCAAGAAAGAAAAGCCUAGAGAUGACCUUUCCCUCUCGGAGAGGUGUGACCCUGUCCCUGAUGCUGCAGGGGCAUCCUGGGAAAUCUAAAGAGAAUUUCUUGUAGGCCCCUCUGCUCUUAUGCAGGGUGCAACAAGCUGUGUCCCAGCCCUAAGCAGUAGGCUGGUUUCUCUAGGACAGCCUGUGUCAUAUCUCAAACCUAACGGGAGAGGCCAGCAGCAUCCCAGUUGAGCCCUGGGCUGCGGAGGGCAGGUGGUCUUCCGUGACCCUCCCUUCUGGAGCCUUAGCCUUUGCAGUGCUGACUCAUCGCGGGCUCACAGCGUGCUUGUGCUGGCUCCACCCCCCACUGUGACAGGCCACCCAGCCCCAUCUAGGUGGCCUGGCCUUCCCUGGAGUCAGAAUCUGCUGAGCACAUUUUCAUUUGCGUUCAACAGCCACAUGCCAGUGUUUCAAGACAAAGUGACCUUUCAUUUUUCUUUCUUGAAACUUGAGAGGAUACAUACUACUGAUUUUUUUUUUUUUUUAAUGACAAACUUAACGCAUGGCUGCAGAGUGGCAGAGGUGUCUAUUUUCAUACUGUGGGGGAAGUGCGCUGCUUUUGGGAGGGGCUGGAACGCCUGGUUUCUGCCCUGGGCCAGUCUUCUAUAGGAGUUGGUGGUGAGACCUGCAGCUGCCCCCUCCUGCCCUGGCCGUGUAGAGCUGGAGCCUGUGCACUUCGGCUGUUUCUACCUUCUAUUGAACCACUUUGAUUUGUGGAGAGAAAAAAAAAAAUAGAACUUUUGAUAGUGUGGUAAAAGCAUUGAUUUGAACUAUUUUAGUAAAAGGAGUAACAUAUAAGAUUGUGACAGUGUCUACUUUGAACUAGAUAAUAAAGGCCUUUGUGAGCCUCGGA